CGAACAUCAACACCUUCUGUACUCUUUGGUUCCUUUCUCCCAACGUUGCCGGUUGUUUAAGCUUAUAUUCAGAUUCUAUACCUGACAAGGCAUCUGGAAGGCAACGGUGCUGACCACCCUUGUCCUCUACUUCGAUACCAACCCCGCAAUAUUAAAUAAACAUAAAUAUCUAUCAGCUAUGAGCUCUCAUGUCGUGGUCCUUGACUCGACAGCUCGAAGAGCUACGAUUAAGACAACACCGGGGAAGCAUCUGACUGAUAUCCUGCAAGAGGCUUGUAAAAAGCUUGGUGUAGAUGCCAAUCAACAUGGACUGAAGUACAAAGGUAAACAGGUAGACCUAUCGCUAUCUUUCCGCCUUUCCGGGCUCAUUCCUGGCGCGAAACUGGAGCUGGUUCAGCUCUCACGGUCGCCAUCUAUCGUCACUGUUGCGCUACAGCUACCGGAAUCAGAAGCCCGUGGGGCACCCAACGGGCGCCUUUUGGAUAAGUUCCCGAGUACAACGACAUUAUGGCUGGUAUUGCGUAAAUUUGAAGCUGGAGUUGCUGGAAACACAUCGACUCGGAAUCUCACAGCGCGAGGAGUUCCCGUCACUGGAAGCGGAGACAAUGGAUCAGGGCGGUUGUUCUACGAGACGCCGGUGUUACAAGUAUUGGAACGAGAGCUGUCCACUUUCGCUGAUUUGCAGAAAUCGCUAGCCCAACUAGGCUUCAACAGUGGGAAUGUCUUGCUGAGACUGAGCUUCCGGAGGACGGAGGACCCAUUGGAAGUGGCUAUGAGCAAGAUCCAAGAAUACUUCAAGUCAUCCGAGGACACGGCUGCCCAGUCUCAAGAAUUGUCCACCCCAGCAGAACAGAAAGAGAUACUUAAUGAGCCUAGCCAACAAGAACAAGAGCCGCCCAGUUCUACGCCAGAUACAUCGUCGCCGGUACCUGCCAUGCCUGAACAAUCCUUUGAAAAUCAAACUGUCCCUCCUACUACCGACUCCUCCGAACCUACUACCACAGUUUCCUCUCGAUCAGUAAUGGUUUUCGCACCACCAUCCAACGAUACGCCACAGUCCGCACAGACCGCUUAUAAUGAAAGCGACUACAUUCCAUCGGUCGAUCAUGCGCAGGCGCAUCAACGUCGGCUUAACGCGGCAUCCCAAAAUAAACGCCUUCUUUCUGACGCAGAGAUCGCUGCCAAAGCAGCAGCGGAGGAAGAAAAGCUUGCGGCUGUCAAGGAAGUGGACGUGAAGGUUCGACUGCCAGAUCAGAGCCAGAUAGUGGCCAAGUUCGGGCAACAGGACACAGGUAAAUCACUCUACAAUUUCGCAAGAAAUUGCUUGGCAGCGCCUUUCACCGGAGAGAAAUUUAUCAUCACAACUUUCCCUGGUGGCGGCCAGAGUGGGAAGAAACUACAUAACGCGGUUCCGGACUCAGACCAGAGUCUACUGAUCAAGGAUCUCGGUAUGGUAGGGAGAGUCCUAGUCAAUUUCUCUUGGGAUGCUUCUGCCUCCCAGGCUGCUCGGCAAAGCCGAAAGGAUCUCCUGAAACCGGAAUUACGAACGCAAGCGAAGGAGCUCAAGGUUGAGCAACCACUGGGUGUGAUGGACACUUCUCAGGAUACGACUCAGCCGAAACCCGGAGCUAAUCGUCAGGGAGAGAAGCCAAAUGGGCGCAAACCAGGAAGUUUACCCAAGUGGUUGAAACUACCCGGUAAGAAAUAGAUAAGAGAUCAAUGAAGGUGGCUUAACCGUUACUUUCAUGUUGCAUAUUUCUAUAAACUUAAUGUGACAAUGCCCCUUAUGAUGUUCCGUAGUCACGAGGUUUGGAAGGACAUAGUUCUAGCUAUGCCAUUGUCAAGUACUAGACUACAAGAGUUCAUCCAACC